AUGGUGGCAUGGGCCACUGCUCUGGGAGUUCUCGCAACAUCUCGAGGAGAAUCACCUGGCAACCAUGAAGCCCCUCGAGUUGGUCGUCUUGCAUUGGCUCGCGCAGGCCUUCGAGGGCAAGGGCAGCGAGAAGAUUGGAUCCAAUGGCGGCAAGAAGUUGGACUGCGAAUUUCGACAAAGCUGUCAGACAAGCUGCCUGAGCUUAUGGAUCUUCAGCAAGCAGAAUUCCGCCCAAAAUUCUUGGGGUACUUGGGCCAGUCUCUGAGCAAAGUUGUCUUUGCAUGCGGAGAGGUUCAGAUCUUCCCAGACGAGCUCCUGGAGACAUGCUUGGAUUGCGCACGGCGCCUGGCGGAGAUGAGUCGGGAGCUGCCGUUCGACAGGCAGUUCGACAGGCUGAUCAUGAGCCCGCUGAGCAGGCAGAGGGGGCUCCCCGAAGAGGUUGUUCAAGUGUUGGCAUCUUUCCAUUUCUCUGAGUUGUACGUAGCGGUGAAGGCUCAACCAAGCCAAAGCCGCAAGAACACUUUGGACAACCUGAAGAACCACAGAAAUGUUCUCGCGCCUGCAGCAGGGCUGCUGGUCAAGGCGCUUGAUUUUGGGAUGGAGGACCGUCACCAGCGGAUAUGCAACAUCCAGUGCAGACUGGUGGAGAUGAGCAUGACGGCCAUGAUGCACCUCGACAUGAAGACGGUCACGAUCUUGUUGGCAUCCAUGAGGAAAGUCACCAAAAGAUACCUCACACGUCGUGAUGCACCCUUCGAGCAGUUCGUCCAGUUCGUCCGGUCGGCAUUCCAGAGGGCUAGCACGCUCGCAAGGAACUGCUCCGAAAACGACCAGGAAAACUUCCAGAAAGAGCUCAGAAAUUACUUGCGGUUGCGUGACGAGUGGCAGGUCACUCUGGGUGUGCAGCUGAGUAUCGUGGACAUGAGCCAUCUCGACAUCGACGCGGUCACAGGGUUGUUGGAGUCCGUCAGGAAAGUCGCCGCAAGGGACUCCACACCUCCUGAUGCAACGCUCGUCCAGUCGGCAUUCUGGAGGGUUCCCGCUCUGGCAAGGAGCUGCUCCGUGGAGCAGCGGAGCAACUUGGAGCAGGAGCUCACAGCCUACUUGCGGGUACCCGAGCAAUACGACAUGUCCGUGGAGUUGCGUGAGGAGUUGGAGGAUGCCUUGCAGCAGCUGCAGCGCUGA